AUGUCUGGUGGAAGAAUGGACGUAGAAAAUGACUCUUCUGCAACGGAGUUUGUCCUGCUGGGAUUAACACAACAGCCAGAGCUGCAGCUGCCUCUCUUCUUCCUGUUCUUAGGCAUCUAUGUCAUGGCUGUGGUGGGGAACCUGGGCCUGAUUGUUCUCAUUGUUCUGAACCCUCACCUGCACACUCCCAUGUACUACUUUCUCUUCAACCUUUCCUUUGUGGACCUCUGCUACUCCUGUGUCAUAACACCCAGAAUGCUGAUGAGUUUUGUGAAAGUGAACAUCAUCUCCUAUGCUGAGUGCAUGACUCAGCUCUUUUUCUCUUCUUUCUUUGUAAUUGAUGAGUGUUGCAUCUUGACAUCAAUGGCCUAUGACCGUUAUGUGGCCAUCUGCCAGCCCCUGCUCUACAAGGUCACCAUGUCCCUUCAGGUAUGCUUCAUGCUGACGACAGGUGUGUAUGCAAUGGGGUUUGCUGGUGCCAUGGCCCACACUGGAAGCAUGCUGAGAGUCACCUUCUGUGAUGGCAACAUCAUCAACCAUUUUGCAUGUGACAUUCAUCCACUUCUCCAGCUCUCCUGCACAAGCACCUAUGUCAAUGAGCUGGUGGUUUUCAUUGUGGUGGGCAUCAAUGUCACAGUGCCCUGUCUCACCCUCUUUAUUUCUUACACUAUGAUCCUCUCCACCAUCCUUCACAUGGAUUCUGCCCGUGGCAGAUCCAAAGCCUUUAGUACUUGUAGCUCCCACAUAAUUGCUGCUGGCUUUUUUUUUGGAUCUGGGGCAUUUAUGUUCCUUAGGCCUUCUCCUGCUGGUUCUCUGGCUCAUGAUAAAGUGUGUACUAUUUUUUAUACCAUUGUGGGACCAAUGUUGAAUCCUUUCAUUUAUAGUUUGAGGAACAAAGACAUACAUGUUGCAUUGAGAAAGACUUUAAAGAAAAGCAUCUUUUUCUAG